AUGACGCCGUCACGCGCUGGACUUGGGUAUGAACCAAAAACCGAAGUGAUCGCUUCGACCAAGGCAAGCGCGGGACGGACGCCUUUGAUCACAAACGUUUCCGCCAUUUCUCAUAACUCGCACACCCGAACGGCUGGACACAAUCGGAAGCUGACAGGGUGCACUGAUACUUACGCGGUUCUGCUCGGCCAGAGCAUCGACUGGUUUGGCAUCGACGGUGGAUGGUACUCCCUUGUUCAAGACCCUGACAUUGAUCUGAACGUGAACGUGCGGCUCACGGCACCUCCCCCCGAAGAGUUCCCUGACCGCCAGCUGGUCACCGGACUCUCGGUCAUGGCGGGGGGCCACUCGCUGGUUAUCGAGGUGACGAAACCCUACGACACUGACACGGCCGGGGGCUGCCCCGACGGGGCGCCGGCACCAUGCCUGGCAAACGGCGGACUGAGCGUCAUCGUGGAUGGCGAGAAGGAAGCCGAUGAUUCUCCCCUAUUGCACACCAUCAGGGACGAGACCCUACCUGGUGGCAUCCAAGUGUCCGCCGCCAACCUCCCGGUACAGUGCUGGCAGUUCGGCGGGGACAAGAUCUCGGCCCGGCACUACGCCAACACUAUUAUGGAGGGGCGGCGUCAUCUGCUUUCGGAGACCUUCGAAGAAUGGGUCUUGAGCUUCCAGCACAUGGCAGCCCACGACUGGUGCACCGAGUACAUCGCCCACAAGGACCUGUCUGACGUCCAGUCCGCCCAAGCCAUCUACCAGAUCAUCACACCGGAGGUCGUCGUGCGGUUCAACGUCGGAAUCGGCCACCAGACCGGGGGGCACGUGGAAAUGGACGGCCGUAUCGUUCCCGACCUCGAUGUGUGGGAGAUGGACGUCGGCCUCGCCGGCCUGUCCCUCGAGAACGAAACGUUGACCGGGAUUCUGGGAGAGACGGCCCGCCCGGUGCUUGACGAGCAUGGGCGCGCCGUGAUGAAGGGCAACAAGGCCUACCGCGGGACUCCCGAGGACUACCGUGUUUCCGGUGCCCUGGGAACGGACUUCGCCCUCCUGCGCCAGAAGUGAUGCGACGAGGCAGGAGCGUUUCAUCGCACAAUCGAGAGUGUUGGCUUUGGUGUCGGCGCAGACAGUCAUGAACGCGUGGCGAUCCGCGUUUUGUCCCCCGGGUUGACUCCGACUUUAUGAAAACAUUCGUCCACGGGAAUGGUGGUCAUGUUACACCGCUUCGCGUGCUAUGCGUAGACUAGUCUAUGUAAAAUGUUCAAAGCAAUUUAUUUCUUGCACAUGUUGCAGACUAUAUUGCUGGUGAUUUGUCGGCCCUCGAAUUCUUUCAUCGAUUGAUUAACUCCGUCGAGCUGGAUACUCGCCACGAACUACAAGGAGUGGCGAGAGGUCAUGCUCAAGCCGGUACACACCAAA